CAAAGUGCUUCUAUAUAAAUAUUUACAUAUCUCUUCGUCGUCUUCAUCUUCAACUACACGAAGCUUAGCUUCUCUCACCAAACAGGAUACAUACUCAUAAGAGAAAGGAGAAACUUAACAAGCAUGAGGGUUAUGUCAUGGCUGGAUUCUUCCCGGAGAAGACGAGUACAAAAAUCUCUAAAGCAUUUAGAUUCCGACGAUAGCGCCACGUCAUCGUCACUAAGCGAAGUCACCGGCUCUAGCAGCCUCCAUAGCAGUCUCUCUCUUCAGACACUCCCUUCUGUUCCAUCUCUUCAGAAAAUCCCCUCCGACGCUCACGCCAUCACCGUCUCUCACUCCGUUACCUCCUCGUUCAAACUCCGCGAACGGAGUCUCCCCGUCACUUGUCUCGCCGUCAACGGAGGUUAUCUCUUCGCAGUCUCUGGACACGAAGUCAGCAUCUACGAUCGCGCCAUGUGUGCUCAUCUCGACACUUUUAACGGCCAGGAUCCUUUCUCAGGCUCCGUUAAAUCCGUCGGUUUCUCCGGUGAGAAAAUAUUUACCGCUCAUCAGGACGGUAAAAUCGGAGUUUGGAAAUUAACCGCGAAAAGUGGUUACAAACAGUUAACGACGCUUCCUACUUUAAACGACCGUUUGCGACGUUUCGCUCUCCCUAAAAAUUACGUUCAGGUUCGCCGUCACAAGAAACGUCUCUGGAUCGAACACGCUGACGCCGUUACCGCUCUUGCCGUUAAUAACGGUUUCAUUUACUCCGUCUCUUGGGACAAGACACUGAAGAUAUGGAGAGCUUCCGAUCUUCGUUGCAAGGAAUCAAUCAAAGCCCAUGAUGACGCCGUUAACGCCGUCGCCGUCUCUGCAAACGGUACCGUUUAUACUGGAUCGGCGGACAGACGUAUACGGGUUUGGGCGAAACCCGACGACUCGAAACGACACGAGUUAGUCGCGACAUUGGAAAAACACAAAUCUGCUGUUAACGCUCUGGCAUUAAACGACGACGGAUCGGCCUUGUUCUCCGGUUCGUGUGACCGGUCAAUUUUGGUUUGGGAGAGAGUGGACAGCUCUAACUACAUGGCGGUGAGUGGUGCUUUGAGAGGACACGACAAAGCAAUACUUAGCUUGUUUAACGUGUCUGAUUUGCUCCUAAGUGGAUCUGCUGAUCGGACGGUCAGGAUUUGGCGGCGCGGAGCCGACGGUUGUUAUAGUUGCUUGGAGGUGCUUUCCGGUCACACGAAACCGGUUAAGUCGCUUGCAGCAGUUAGAGAUUCGGAGUCAGACGGCGUCGUUUCAAUCGUUAGUGGAAGUCUUGACGGAGAGGUUAAGUGUUGGAAGGUCUCCGUCUCCAAACCGGAUAAUUCAAUUUACAAGAGUCUUGUUUUGUGAAUAUUUAUCUUAUUUAUUUAUUUGUUUUCCUUUUUCUUUGUCAAAUUAAUUUAUCAUUUGUUUGGGGAAAAGCAAAUUUGGCGUUUUUUUAUAACCUCUUAACUAUAUU